UCUCGCCGGCAGCUCUCGCCGGCUGCCUCUCGCUGCCAACAUCUUCUUUCCUAUCCCCGCUCAGCCGCUCAGCUUCCCCGCUCGUGUGAUAUUACAGGGCUCACGGCGCCAUCUCGGGAGCUGAUCGUCGCCCUCGCCAACUGCCAUCCACCGCCGCUCUACCCCUCGUAUCACCGCCGACAACAUCGUGCCACCGUUGAUCGUUGGUCGUUGGUCGGCGUCUUGUGUCGGUGUCCUAUAGAGACGUAGUGCGUUUCUUCGAACACCAAGUUGGCCUUCAGGUGGCGACUGACUAAGCUUUUCGCCGUAUCGAUACUGUUGACAGUCAGUGUAAGCCGAAUGAAUCAGCUCAGUGAGAGAGACCCACGACAGAGCCACGCCAUCAUUCGUAACGAUCGAAGUUGCGUAUCUCGGCGCACCAUGGCGAGGACGCAAUUCGUAAAGCCAGAGCAAGAGUAUGGUGUCUCUCACCGCCGAUCUCGCCGUGUUCUGACGGAUUCUACUACCUCGCAGCUGUCCCAAGCAGCCUUGCUAUGAUGGAUGAUGUCGCUGCUGGUGGUGCUUGUGCUGGACGCUCAACGCUGCUUGUGCAACGUGUUGAGGAAGAGCAAGGUCAUCGCAGGCUGAGAAAAGGCGCUCCCGCUGAAGGAUCCUGCCGUGUCGCUUGCGUGCGAUCUUGAGCGUUUUGCUAACCGUCGUUGGUGGAACGAUAGUAUCAUGGGCAUCGAAUGGGCGCCGGUGCUCUGGAGCACGUCGGCCGCCAUGGCCUUUAUGAUGGGCGUAGCUAUCGCGGUGUUGAGCUGCAACAUGGUCAUUUCGUCGCCGACAUACCGCUCGAUCCAUCCGAGUUCAGCCACGUUUGCGGUUUUGCAGAGCCAGAUCGUGCUCGGCGGACUCGUUAGCGGCGUCGCCUUCUUCGGCCGUUGUUGUCUUCAAUCACAGCGCGCUCCGUCCCUCAAGAUUUACAUGCUCGUGACGGCGGGCUUGGUCGUUCUCGAGCUCGGCUUUGGCGGCUUCUUCCUCCACCAAGCAGCGUAUCCUGCGCUCGAUAUGUGCGCGUCGCUGGGGCGCCGGAACGCAUCGUCGGAAGCCUGCACCGCCCUUCUCGGUGACGACCGCUACACCGCAGGCUACGACAUGUGGCAACGGGUGUGGCGCCAAGCGACCGAGCCAGACUUUUCUGUUGCCGCCGGCCAACUGCUUCAAGGGAUUCAAAAUGACGGCCAGUGCUGCGGGUUCAGCAACAAGCGCAGCUGCGCUCGCAGCCUCCAUCCAGCGUGCGCAGCUUCGUCGGGCGCGUUCUGCGCGCAGUCAACGUCCGAGCGCGUCGCAGCCGACUGCGCGAUCCCGAUCGACUGGGAUCUUCCGUUUGGUGGCGAAGGACAGGGCAGCACGGGGCGGUGUCUCGAAGACAAUAUGGCGUCGGGCGAUGGGUGCUUUGUCACGUGGCUCUUGUACCUCCAGUCGCAACUGGAGCACUUGGGCAUUCUUUGGCUCGUGGUCGCCAGUAUUCAAUGCUUCUGCGUGCUCGCCUCGUGGUAUUAUAUUGCCGACAGCCAGCAACGAUACGCGACGAGCGUGCACCGCGAUCCCCAGGGCGCCGCGCUCUUGAAGGCCCGCUCGACAGUGUUGUGACGUUGGUACUCGACUGCACAUCAUAUAUUCAUAUGCGCAAAUAUUAUCUCACUUCGCACCCUGGUUGUCC